AUGGACAACUUGAACUCCUUCGAUGAUCUCGACUAUGAAUACACUCACAACAUCAAGUUCGAUUCCGCCGUCCCGCCCCCUUAUGAUCGGACUCUGAAUAUCUGUUGGUCCCGCCUCCCCCGCGGCUCCAAGAAGGGAGAUGGUGACAUUGUUGCGGCCUUGCCCAAAGACACCCGCACCACGACUCAACUACCUCUACCUCUAAGGACUAGUUCUGCUUGCCAUCAGGAUCCCUCCGAGUCUUUACGAAAAGCCGGCCACUGGGGCUACUUUAGUCUGCCCUCCAAUGUUUCCCUUAAGAUCUGCCGCUACAUCGUCCAACAACACUCCACUGAUAAGCCAAUUCGCCUCAGCAGGUGGUCUGUCUACACUGGCCUAUAUCCCGUCAACAAGGACACAAUGCUCGUUCAGGGCUCCGAACAGGAAACCUGGGAAAGCGAGUUCUUCGAGACCCAUAACCAAGCAUUGCAUGCUCUUAGUCCUUACCUCCAAGCCAAUCGUCGCUUUAGGGCCGACCUCGUAGCUGCCUUUCUCCUCAAUCGUCGAUACCAUCUUGUCAUUUCUCCCUUUGGGCCUACCACAAACAUUCCAUGGCUUGCCAAGUUUGGCCGAUAUUUAAAGUACAUCACCAUGGAAUUUGACUGUACCAGGUUCUAUGGUGGCAAGCCCAGAACAAGAGAAAAAAUCGAAGCUGCUACACACUCUGGCGUGUUCAACGAGCAACAACUGAAAACCGCACUGGCGCCUGGAAAAGAUGCCCUAGAAUCCGUUAAGCACUACAAAUGUGCAUUAACUGACGUGUUGAAGUUGCUUACAUGCGGUCGGCAAUCCCCUGUCAACCGUUUGACCAUCAUGGUCAGAAAGUAUUGGGGAUCGCGGGAGAGCAUGCCGCAAGGGUACCCCUACUUUGAUCCGACAUGGCUCAACUUCCUCCUGCUUAUUCCCAGCGUGCUGCAGUCCAAUGUCCUAAACCUGGAGACAAUCGGCGUGCCCCCGAGGCUUUUAGGCUUGAUGAUCACCAAAUUCUGGGGAGAGGGAAAACCCCCAACCGAGGAUGCUCAGAGGCCACAUUUUACAUGGAGUCCCUCUCCGUCCACCCUCUGGCCCGAGAUGCCGGGGCAGUCCGCAGCCAUUUCUAUAUGCGGCUCCGUCGACCUGACCGCCGAUUACCUACUCAGGCUUGAUAGCCCGGGCCAAGUUGAGAUUCACACCUUUCCAAGCCGGGAAGCACAAAAACAGCAGCAGUCUGCCAAGAAGAGACGGAAGUCAAGACGCAAGAAAACCAAAAAGUCCUCCACUCUUCCCAAACCAGAACCAGAACCCGUGGCAGGACACGAGGAACAACAAUCGGGAGAACAGGCGCACUUCCAAUCGCCUUCUCGGAUCUCGGGCAGCUCAACCGUAGCUGUGGAAGCGGGUUCAUCACAUCAAAUGGAAUCCAGAGCAGCAAAAGCCUUGGGUACGUUUGGCUCAUUGGGUAUGGCAAGGUUCUGGAACGAGCGAAAGAAGACAGAGCUGGAUGAGGUAUCGAUGUCCUCGCCCGAAAAGAAAGCUCUCCACAUGCGGCGAGCACAGGAAAAGUUUGCGGAGCUCUCGAAGUUGCUGGAGGAGGCAUCUCCACAGGCACCUCCGGAUUCCUCUGAACGUUUAACCGUUGUUGACGAUAUAGCUGCUCUAAGGACAGGAACUGGGCUAGAGGCACCCCGGGCCACUCUAGCUGGUGGUUUUGUUCCCCUUUUGCCACAUUUCUCUCAACCUGCUACACGGCAGCAGCCGCCCUCCCAACUACCAGUCACUCCUGCAUCACCUGAUACUUCUGCUGUGCCUAUCCCAAUGCCUGAUGGAAAGUGGACGAGGCUUACGGAUGAGGACAGCCGGCCCAGCAGUGCCGGUUCUACUGCUCAAAGCGGGAAUGGCGCUGGAGACCUGACGGACUCUAGGGACUGUGCCGAUACAAGGUCAGGGGAUAAAGAUGUCUUGGGUAUCGAGGAGGAGUGCACCCUGGUAAAGAACAAGAAGAGGAACAAGAGGAAGAAGAGGAAGAAUGGGAAACAUACCCAUUCACAGGCUCAGCACGAGACAUCACAUGCCGACAAGGUCGAAGCGUCGUUGAAAAGUCUCAAGGAUGAAUGGUCCGCCACAUUGGGGGAAUCAUCAAAGAUGAAGCAAGAUAAGAAGAAAGAGGAAAGCGCUGCUGGUCCAGAACUAGGCUGUUCGAGCAAUCAGGCUGAGAACAAGAAGGCCGGCGAGAAUGAGAGUGAGAAGUCUAGGGGUACUCUUACCUCUGCCUCUAGCUCGAAGGAGGCUACGAGCAAGGCUGGACUACCACAAUCAUCACAAACGGCACAGGUUUCUCCUCCACCACCUUCAGAUCUACACAUUGCUGGCUCUUGUUUGGGCAACUCGGAGAAUAUGAAGAGUGGGGAGAGACCCGGAUCACAAUCACCUCCCGAGCUACAGUUACCUCCAUCUUCAGAAGCUUCAAUACCUCUGCCAACACUAUGGCUGUCAAUGGAGGUGCCAAGGGAAGAAAUACCGAACGCAUCCGAUGAAGAUGUAAAGGCUGGAGAGGAAGCUAAAGAGAAUAAAUCCAGCUUUCCCAGUCAAGACACUCAGGUUGGAGGUAUCGCCAGUUCAAAAGCAAGAAACUCCAAGGAAAAAGGUAAAGGACGGUGGACUGGAAGCCCGAAGCCGGUCGGUGAGGACAAGAAGGUCGAGAGAAAGUCUGCAUCACGACCGCAACCACCUUUGCUCCGGUCCGAAACGCAGAUUGUCCAGGUACUAACUGUAUCCAAGGUUCCACCCAUGUCCCAGGUUCAGUUGCAACCAAUGCCCCAGAUGCAACCGUUCAUUCACAACCCCUACUAUUCUCAGGUACCAACAACAACAAUGUCUCAGGUACCACCGAUUCCGCCGGCGCUUUCUUCGCAACAAAUAUACCAUGAACGUACCCGGUAUGUAUCCGGUGCCAGAGUAUACCUCAACGGAUGUGCCGACGCAUCGGCCAGCGGACCUUCCACAGAACGUUCCGGAGGAUUCUUCGCAGAGUUCCUGUCGAACCUGUCAAAGGGAGAGAAAAAUCGGAAAGUCAAUGGGCCAUGGGCCUACAUUGCUGGUGCCACGGAGUCUGACUUCAAGAAGCAAAAGAAGAGGAAUCCAAAGUCCAAGGAACGCGAAGCCAAGGAACGCGAAGUCAAGGAACACGGAGUCAAGGACAUGGACACUGAAACCGAGAAGCCCGCACCUUCGAACCCUGCAUCUCCAGAUCCUGGAGCAACAAAACUCGAGGAGAUCAGAAUCAGUGACUGGUGGGAUUACCACAUUGAUGCCGCCAAUGAGUCUGACUUUGAGAAGAAGAAGAGGGAUCCCAAGUCCAAUGCGGCUGACACCAAGGAGACCGACACCAAGAGGCCCGUACCUUCAAAGCUUGCGUCUUCGGAUGCUGGAGCAACAAAACUCGAGGAUAUCAAAUUCAGUGAUUGGUGGAUAACCACAGGUGGUACCCAUGAGUCUAUCUUUGGACCGAUAAAGAUAAGGAGAUCCGAGACGAUCAGCUAG